AUGCUUGCGGAUGAACCGAUUGAGCUCCCACCUGCAAUGCGCAGUCACCUCCCCCCCCCCCCCCAAAUCAUCAGUGAACGAAACUGCGGCAGUUACAACCACUGUACGACGAGUACGUGGUUCUUACAGCCGACGAUGAUGAUGAUGAUAAACGUAAUCUGCUGGAACCCGGAUAGACUUGUCCCAAUUUCCAGUCGCUUCAUACCCGAUUCUGUCAUCGUAAUGAUGACAUCAAUUGCGUGGUUCCAUUCUGACGUGCGGUAUUACACUAAAACCUAA